AUGGGUAAAUUCUACGACGAGAUACCGGAUCACCUCAUCGAAUGGAUAAAGAAACAACAUAUGUUUACCGUGGCUACGGCUCCGCUCUCCCCCACCGGACAUGUCAACGUUUCGACUAAAGGUGUCGGAGGGACCUUCCACGUCGUCGACAGCAGGCAGGUGUGGUACGAAGACCUCACAGGGAGUGGUGACGAGACGAUCGCGCAUCUGAAAGAGAAUGGGCGCAUCACCAUUCUGUUCAGUGCGUUCGAGGGCCCACCGACGAUAGCUCGUCUAUUCGGUACAGGUACGUGCGUGCAUGAAUUCGGCUCACCAGAAUACGAUCUGUUCAUCUCGGCGGUGACCAGGACGCCAGGCUCACGCGCCGUGAUCGUCAUAGACGUGCACAAAGUUGGCACGAGUUGCGGAUACGGCGUACCGUACUAUGAGUUCAUCGGCCAUCGCGACACGCUUCUGAACAACGCAACUAUAUUUGAGAAGCGCGAUCUCGAGGCGCCCGGAUUUAUCGCAGAGAAGGGCAUGAAAGCAAUCUGGGGA